AUGGAGGAGUCAAAUUGGGCAUGGCUUUCAAAGAAGUUAUUGGAUAUCAUUCUGGACAAGUUGGUUUCGCUUUUUGAAUUUGUUCGAUUUGGUGCUGUUUGCAAACCAUGGCAGUCUGUGGCAAUGGAGAAAAAAUUUAAAUUCAUUCAAAAUAAGUUUUCCAGGGGUACCUUACAAAAAGAUGUUUUCUGGUUCCUCACAUGGUUAGCUAUUUACUAUGCAAGAAUCCUUCUAAUGAAUCCGUUCUCUAGCACUACCAUUGAGCUUCCUCCAAUUAUGGACUGCACUGAAUUAGAACGUCCUCGUCAAAACGUCAAUGAUAAUGGUCUCUUAUACGAAACUAAAUCAACUCCUACUGAGGUUGAGUUUGAAGUUACAAAGGCUAUAUUGUCAGCUGACCCUGCUUUGUCUCCUAAUGACUAUAUUGUUGCUGCCACCUACGGUGGUUGCAAUAACUUGGCAUUUAUUUGGGCAAGCAACGAAGCUUGGACUUACAUAGAUAAAAAGAGAUUUAAGCCCAUCUUUGAUGUCAUAUAUUAUAAAGGCCGGAUUUUUGUAGUUGUUAUUGGUAGAGUCCUAAUGAUUGAUGUUAAUAGAAGGGCUGGGGAGAGUAAGGCUCCACAAGUGGAGGGUUUUAAGGUUUUCAAGUUGCUCUUCGAGCAAUUUGAGCAGGGUUCACAUAUGCUGGUUGAAGUGAAGAAUUUGGUCGGAGACACCCUGUUUUUGGGAGAUAGCCAUUCCAUUUGUGUUUCAGCUUCCAAAUGGCCCGGAUGCCAACCGAAUUCCAUAAAUUAUACAGAUGAUUUUAUUGACUUUCAUUUCCAUCCCUCAGGGCGCUGCGACAUGGGUAUCUUCAACAUAGAGAACGGAAGAUUUGGACCGCAUUACAUCCUUGAUCCUUCACAUAACCAUAUGCCGCCCUCAAUUUGGAUUGUCCCAACUGUGUUGGGAAAUUCAGUAUAG